GCUAUUUGUCUAAACACUUUGAAAAAUACGGCCGUUGGACAUCAAAAUCAAAGAAUCAAUUCAACCCAACAUGAACUUAAGCACCCCCACUUUCUUCCAUAUUUUCUAUUGUACCCUUAACACUUUAUUCUUCUCCCUCUUCUUCUGCUUCUGCAUCUCUUGCCUCGGUCUUUGACUUUGAGGCAUGUUUGGCCGGCUCAUCGAGAGCUCUCUGAAGAAGCUCUCACAUCAGAACGAAGAAGAGAACCCAGAAGACCAAACGGGUUACCCUCAAACGGGGAUUGAUUUUAUUCGGGAAUCAGAGAUGGGUCUUGAAGGAUUCUCCAAGUCAAAGCCCCAAGAACUCACGCUCAGCUACCUCUGUGAGAAUCCGAAACUGGGUUUUCCUGAGGAGUUUACUGGGAAAGUUUCUAGGAAUUCGGUGGAUAAGGUCUGCCAGAAAGGCAAAGAAGUUUUAAUUUCUGAGGAUCUGGAUCAGGAUGAUGUUCGGGUAGAGCGGGAUUUCUUGAGUCUGAGUGAAUCAAGAGGAAACUCCUCGAAAAGAGAUGUGGAAGAGGCGGUCGAGGGGGAGAAUUCUAGGGAGAAGAAGCAAAAGCUGGAGUCAUUGAAUCUGUCUCUGAGUUUACCUGAUGUUUCUCUCUCUCUAGGUGCAUCGACUGCAGGUGAUCCUGUAGUUAGACCAAAACCCAGUUGGAGUGUACAAUCUCUGGCGCCAUCAACCAACAACACACAAACAACUUUUUCCAAUGACUUCUCCAUGUCGCGUUCUUAUUCACACCAAUUUUCUCACAAUCCUAGCUGCUCAAUGACGCGAAAUUCCACUGAGAAUUACGACUAUUCGAUCGGAAGAGAUGAUCGGAUUUGGUGUGGAGGGGAGGGGACUAAUGGGUCUGUACACAGCCGAUUUAGGCCAAUUGGGGGAGAUGGUGGUGUUGCUUUGAACGAUCAUUUUGGUGGGGGAGGUGGCGGCACCGGUGGAGUUGUCUCGAUGCAGGGGAACCGUAAUAAAGAUUCAUCUAAUAGUCUUUAUAGGACUACUAGCUCAGAUAAUCUUUCGUUUUUCCCAUCUGAGUUACCGGCUAAACUGCUAGCGGAAACCCUUUCUGGGGAUUCAAGGAGAAGAAAUUCGGAAAACUUGAGAGGAUUGGAAAGUGUAGAUGAAGGGAUAGCAAGAAAGCUUUCUAGACCAGAGAGAAUUCUUCGCGAAAUUGUGUCAGAGUCUAUUCCUGAUGUAGCGCAGGUAAUUCAGAAACUCCCCCAUGAAACACUAGAGUUGACUAAGGCUUACUUGAAAAAUCUAAUUUUGUUACCUGAGAAGGAGGAAGAAUUAGCUGGCCUUCAAAACCGGCUAGAGAGAAGAUCCGAUCUAACCAAGGAGACCCUCUCCAAGGCCGAAAAAGAUCAACUUAACAUAUUGGUUGCAGUGAGAAUGGGUCUUGCAAGUUUCUUGUCUGGUAAAGUAUGUCUUCCAACAAACGAGUUGGUAGAGACUUUCUUGUUUAUGAGGUGUAGAAAUGUGAACUGCAAGAGCUUGUUGCCUGUUGAUGACUGUGACUGCAAGUUCUGCUUGAAUAAGGGAUUUUGCAGCUCAUGUAUGUGUCCCCUUUGUAUGAAAUUCGACUCCGCCAACAAUACCUGCAGCUGGGUUGGGUGUGAUGUUUGUUCCCAUUGGUGCCAUGCUGCCUGUGGGUUGCAAAAGAAUCUCAUUAGACCAGGUCCCAGCUUGAAGGGUCCUGCAGAGACUACUGAGAUGCAGUUCCACUGUAUUGGGUGUAAUCAUCAUUCAGAGAUGUUGGGGUUUGUUAAGGAUGUCUUUUUGUGCUGUGCAAAGGACUGGGGCCUUGAAACCCUGAUGAAGGAGCUUGACUGUGUGAGAAAAAUCUUCAAGGGUAGUGAAGAUUUUAAAGGGAAGGAGUUGCAUGUUAAAGCCGAUGAGUUAUUUUGCAAGCUUGAAAGCAAAGCAAUGUCUCCUUCAGAUGCCUGCAACUUCAUUACAAAAUUUUUCAACUAUUUUCCUGCAUCUGGUGGAUCUUCAAGCGAAUUGAUGCCAGCUCAACCUGUUCAUGCAAAAGAUGUUGCCCGAAACCUCCCAGCCCCACCUACUACUCUCCCUCCAAAAUACACAUACAAAAUAAGCUCUUCAAGUGAGCAGCGUGAUUUAUCAUCAAAUGAACUCCAUCGAAAUGAGCUCAAGUCUCUGCUCCUAGGCGACCUGAAAAUUGAUGACCAGCUCCGUUUUGGGAAGCUGUCAAAGAAAGAUACGUUUGAAAGCUUAGAAAGCAUUAUACGAAUCAAAGAAGCAGAAGCAAGGAUGUUUCAGAGCAAGGCAGACGAGGCACGAAGAGAGGCAGAGGGCUAUCGUCGGAUGAUGCAGGCAAAAUCUGAAAAGAUGGAAGAAGAUUAUUCCCAGAAGCUUGCCAAGCUAUGUUUGCAUGAAACUGAGGACAAGCGGAAGAAGAAACUUGAAGAAUUGAGGACUCUGGAAAGUUCACAUUGCGAUUACUAUAAUAUGAAGCUACGGAUGCAAGCUGAGAUUGCUGGUCUAUUGGAAAGAAUGGAAGCAACGAAGCAUCAGUUGGUGUGAUUUUGUUUUUGUUUUUGUUUUUCCUUGUCUUGCUCUGAAGGUGUGAACAGAGUUUGCAGUAAUGCUUAUAAUGUCUAACUCGCUUAUGUUUCUGUAUUUGCCUUUUCCUGGAUUCUACUUAUUCCUUUUGUAUGCAGUAAGAAUGUUAAUACAGUAUUCCAAGAUUUGAAAAUUUUUUGCUUUGACAAGAGCCAUGAAAACAAGUGAAUUCUUGUUA